GACGGGAGGAAAAGGAGGAAAAACCCAGGAGAAGCCUCAAAGCCGCCAGCGCAGAGCCGCGGUCAUGGGCAGCCACCCCGGCGUGCUGCUGGCGCUCGCCCUGUGCGCCCUGCUGGAAGCCGGUCUGGGCCAUCCCCCGGCCGAGUCGCACCUGGCCGCGCCGCCGAGGAGCAAGCGAUGUUCCUGCAACAGCUGGCUGGAUAAGGAAUGCAUCUACUUCUGUCACCUGGACAUCAUCUGGGUCAACACACCUGGGCACACCGCUCCCUACGGCUUGGGCAGCCCGCCAAGGCGGCGCAAGAGGUCCACGGGCAGGUGCGAGUGCUCGCACUCCAGGGACAGCAUCUGUGCCACCUUCUGCCAGGGCAGGCCCGGGUACCUCCAGGGUCUGAAGCUCCCCAUGAGCUCUGGAGCAUCAGCGAGGUCUCUGCAGAGCAGUGCCACGAGGCCUCCCCACCACGGGCUGCUGAGAGCUCUCAGGGACCUCAGGGGCUCCAGCAUUCGCCAGCAGCGCUCCUGGAGGGAUGCACAGCCGCCAGCUCUGCCUUGGGAGAAAAACAUCUGGAAGAAGAAGAGAUAAGAGACAGGUGCACACCAAGUUCACCAGAAGAAUUUGGAGUCCUGUGGGUGCCACCAGCUCCACUGUCAGUUUUAGAGCUGAAGGGAAGGCCGUGAGUGGAAGGGAAGGAAGUGGAAGUCUCUGUGUUCCUGCUGCAUGAACCAGCACUCAAGGGACUGCUGUAAAGGGAAAAACUGUCUCUCCAUAGAGUCAGAGAAGUGUCCUGGAGCUGAAUUGUGCCUUUUUGGAUCAGGCAAGGGUCGUGCUGGAGCAGCACCAGCUGGCCUGUGCCCUGGAGCCCUCGGGAGGGCUCAGCCCGUGUGUGGUGGGUCAGUCACAGCCAGGGGCUCUGGGCAGUGCUGGACACCGAGCCCUCAGUGGCCUGGCUGCUCUCGGAGCUGUCUGAGCCUGGCCCCACUCAGGGGUGUUUGGCUGCUCACUGCUCAGGGAUGAGCUGCCCCAGCCCGAGCCCACCUUUGCACUAUUUUCUCUUGUCAGCCAGUGCCUAAGAACGAGGCUGCCGUGGUGGAACAGCUCCCAGUUUGUAUUAAAAUUUUAUUUCAUCCUCACCUGGGGCCAGCUGAGCAGUCACUGGGGUGGAUCCCCACGGAGGUCCUGGCUGUAGCUGAGGUGGAGGAUCAGUCACCCCAGGGAUGGCACCAAAGGCGGGUGUGGCUGCUGUGGGGCCGGGUUUGUGCAGGAGCCCCCAUGGCCAGGGGAGGGUGAGCAGAGCCUGCUCUGGGUCAGCGACCCCAUCUCAUCUCCUUGGACAGACCCUCAGGGAGGACUCCAGCUCCUGAGUAUCCCAACCUCCAGCUCUGCCUGGAGGGAAGGACUGGGGCACAGAGGGCACACAAAGCCUGGCUUGCUGCUUGGCUUAGGUCAGCUCUGAGUCGGGCUCUGGACAGUGAAUGACCAUUCCU